AUGCAUAAUCUGCAAAUUUCAACUCAUGGAAACAAAAGUCGAAUAUGUCGGUUAUGGAGACAUUAUCGUGUACUACUAUGGAAAGACUACUUGCUACGUCGUCGGGGUUUUUGGCUCAUAGUAGCUGAGUCACUCUUUGUCUUAAUAUUUGUUGUUGCUAUCGCUAUUAUUCGAAGGCGUCAUGCAGUUGACACCAAACCAUCAUGUUACUUUCAAAGCCAAAGCAUGUCAAGUAUGGGAUUAUUGAAUUAUAUCCAGUCAUUAGUCUGUAAUUUCAAUUACACAUGUAAUGAAGAAAAUCCGCAGAGUUUUGUUACGUUAAAUGGUGUCGCUCCCAUGAUUUAUUUUCUUGAUAACUUAACGCAUGUGGCAGAAGAUCCUCUUUUCAAUAAAUGGUUAAGUGAGCCAGCUACAUUUGGAACAGAACAAUUCAUUGAUUGGAUAUCACUUGGCUUAAAGUUAACUCGUCUACAAAAUUCUGCUAAUAAUCUACGAAUAUGGAUAAAUGAUUAUCUUACAGUAUUUAAAAAUAGUUCUAGUAUACAAUCAUUGGAAUAUAUGUCACAAUUAAUUUGUGGUUCACCAGCGAAUGAAAAUGAUUUAGGUCGAUUUUUCAUUGAACUAAACCAAAUGAAUAUGGAACAAGAUAAUUCAAAAUCAUCUAACAAUAUACCUAUAAUUGAUCAUUUAAUAUCUCAAUUUAAUGAUCUAUUUGAUAUAUCAACUUUAGAAAAAAUGCUACCUGAAAAAUCAUUACCAAAUCUUAAUCUAUGUCCAAUCAUUAAACAUUUAUUAAAUUCAAAACCAUUUUUUAUAACAAUGGGUCGUUUACGUUAUUUUUUAUUUGGUAAUAUAGCAUAUUAUCCAUCGAAUCAAUUUACAGAUGAAAUUAUUCAUAAUAUGGGUAUAUAUACACGUAUAUUACGUAAUAUUCGUCAAUUAAUUCAUUUAUAUUUUAAUGAAUUACGUCCAUGGUUAUUCAAUAUUCAUUUUAUUAUUAAUAAUAAUAAUAAUCAAAUCAAUUUAAUACAAAUCAAAAAUCAAUUAAAAUAUUGUAAAGAUAAUAAAUUUGGUAUUAUUCCAAAUGAAAUACAAAAAUUAUGUCAUUAUUUUUAUAAUUAUUUUAUUCAACAAAAUUAUCAUAAUAAUCAAUUAAAUUGGAAAUUAUUAUUAAAUAUUAUUGAUUUUUUUAUGAAUUUAUUUAAUGAUUUAUUAACUAAUUGUUUACAAAUUGAUAAAAAAUUUAUUCCAUUUAAUAAUUAUAAUCAAUUUAUAAUUAUCUAA